GAUCUGUACAAGGACGUCAUGAUGGAGGAUCACCAGCCCCUCACAUCACUAGAUGAGUCCAGUAGGAGAAAUCCACCAGAGAGAUGUCCUAGUCCUCUAUAUUCCCAGGAUUGUCCAGAGGAAAAUCAAAAUGUCCCACUGGAUCAUCAGGAAAUAUAUGGUGGAAUGAAGAGUGGACCAGAAAACCCCACAUCAGUCUCAGUGAAUGGUGUAGACCGUAUGAGAGGAUCAGAUUCACAUCACAUUUCAUCUUCCUCUUUUGAUGUAGAAGAUAAUCAAGCACAGAUUGGCAAAAAGAGAACUGGGCCAUUUACAUGUUCAGAAUGUGGGAAAUAUUUUAGUCGGAAAUCGCGCCUUAUGGAACAUCAGAGAAGUCACACAGGGGAGAAGCCAUUUUCAUGUUCAGAAUGUGGUAAACGUUUUAGUAAGAAAUUAAGUCUUGUUGAACAUCAGAGGAGUCACACAGGGGAAAAACAAAAUUCAUGUUCAGAAUGUGGGAAAUGUUUUUACCUUAAAUCAGCGCUUGUGACCCAUCUAAGAACUCACACAGGGGAGAAACCAUUUUCAUGCUCAGAAUGUGGGAAAUGUUUUAGCCAAAGAUAUAGUCUUGUGGGACAUAUAAGAACUCACACAGGAGAGAAUCCAUAUCCAUGUUCAGAAUGUGGGAAGUGUUUUAGGAAAAAAGGACAUCUUGUUCUUCAUCAGAGAACUCACACAGGAGAGAAGCCACAUUUAUGUUCAGAAUGUGGGAAAUGUUUUAGCCAUGAACAAGAUCUUGUGAAACAUCUAAGAAUUCACACGGGGGAGAAGCCGAAUUCAUGUUCAGAAUGUGGGAAAUGUUUUAACCAUCAAUCAGAUCUUGUGAAACAUUUAAGAAUUCAUACAGGAGAGAAGCCAUAUUCAUGUACAGAAUGUGGGCAAAAAUUUCGUGUCAGACCAAAUCUUGUUGGCCAUCUGAGAACUCACACGGGGGAGAAGCCAUUUUCAUGUUCUGAAUGUGGGAAAUGUUUUAGUCACAGAUACAGCCUUGCAGGACAUCUGAGAACUCACACCGGGGAGAAGCCGUUUUCAUGUUUAGAAUGCGGGAAGUAUUUUCGUCACAAAUCAACGUUUAUGAGACAUCAAAGAAUUCACAUAAGGAAGAAGCCAUUUUCAUGUGCCGUGUGUGGGCAAUGUUUUAGUUGGAAAUCGGGUCUUCAGUCACAUCAGAAAUCUCACUCUGGUGUUAAGUCAUUGUAAUGUACAGAUUAUAUGAAAUGUUUUAGUAAUGGAGCUCCAGGGUAGGACCUUUUACCACAUGAUGGCUUCUGAUGUAUAAAUUAAAGAGCCUCUGUCACCAUGGUCAACCCUAUUUAAUCAGGCAUACUGCCUGGCACAGUUGAUUAUGAUGAGCUCACUACUCACUACUACUCUGCUUUCUGCAAUUGAUUUAUUAACAUGCUUAUGA